AUGAUCGGUCCACUUGACACUCCAUAUGAAAAUGGAAUUUUUCCAUUUCAAGUUCGUUUUCCUACGGACUUUCCAUUUAAGCCUCCGAAAAUUCAAUUUACCACGAAAAUAUUUCAUCCAAAUAUAUUUCCUAAUGGUUAUAUCUGCCUGGAUCUUCUUCAAAGCCAAUGGGCGCCGGCAUUGUCGAUCUCAGCAGUUUUAAUAUCGGUACAAAAUUUGUUAAACGAUCCGAAUCCUCAUGAUCCAAGUAAUCCAGAAGCUGCACAUUAUUAUCGGUUUGAUCGCGAAAAAUAUAAUCAAAUUGCACGUGAAUGGACAAACAAAUACGCAAAUCAAGGUGAUAUAUGCAAAAAAAUAGCUAUAGCCAGAGAAGUCAUAAGCAAAGAAUUGAAAGAGAUCCAACAUCAGACUUCAUCCGGAUUUAAUGUUCAUCCUUUCGAUGAGAGGGAUCUAUUUUUUUGUCAUGGUACUAUUAGUGGUCCACAAGAUAGUGCCUAUCACGGUAGAAAGUUCGCUAUAAAUAUUCGAUUUCCUUUAGAUUACCCGGAUAAACCACCUGUAAUUAUUCUUCUAACAUACAUAUUUCAUCCCUGUAUACGUCCGCUUAUGUUUAUAAAUGAGACUCUUGUACAAAAAGGAUGGAAUCGAGAUUCGACUUUAUCAAACAUGUUACAAGACUUUCUGACUCUACUCUCCAAUCCUUCUAUAGACGAUGGGCGCAUUGAUUAUAUUGCAUGGCUUUACAAAUAUGAUCGUGAAGAAUACAACAGAGCAGCACUCGAAUUUAAGGACCCUCGAGACGAGGAAGAAAUGAGAUGGUCCAUAGCUAAAAAAACUAUAUCUAAAGAAUUGACGGAAAUAGGAAAAGAUCCUCAAUUUUCGGCUAGUCCUAUUACUAGCGAUAACAUUUUCAAAUGGAAAGUAACAAUGAGAGGAUCUAGUGAUACUCCCUAUGCAGAUCGCGUUCUCAAUCUAAAAAUUUAUUUUUCUAAAGACUAUCCAUUUAAUCAUCCGUUAAUUAAAUUUGAAACUCUAAUAUUUCAUCCUAAUAUAUCAUCUGACACUGGUUACUUCUGCGAAGAAUCUAUUCGAAAGCUAUGGAGAUGGGAUCUGACUAUCUCGAAACUUUUAUUGUCGAUAUUGGCAUUACUUUCCAAUCCAGAUCUCAGUAAUACAAACAAUUAUGAAGCUGCCAGUCUUUACCAGCAAAAUCGAGAAGAGUUCAAUAGAAUUGCAUGCACAUGGUCACAAAAAUAG